GCGUUUCUGGAAAUGGGUAAAAAAAUUUAAGACCUGACUAAAUGAAAUUUAAGACCUCGGAUGAAAAUCUGGCCGUUUUUAAGACUUUUUAAGGCCUUAAAUUUAAAGUUCAGAAUUUUAGACUUUUUAAGACUUUUUAAGACCCCGCGGAAACCCUGGUUAAUGAGAAAACAUGCUUAAACCCAUCUAACAUAACCUAGAGGUCUUUAUUUGUGCAGAUCGAUAAAUGUCCAAUGCAGGUCCGUGGCCAGGCAACACUUUUUGGUGGACCACAGAAAUGCCUUUGCGGAUUCCAUCCGUCUAAGGCCACAAGUGCUCCACCUGCCUCCACUCCUACCGCUGUCCCACCUGCCUCCACUCCUACCACUGUUCCGGUCUCUACCUCAGCCCCAACAUUUACAAGGCCUGCACUUACCUUAUCCAUGUUUACAAAGCCACGAUUUGGAGGAUCUAUUAGUUCAAAUGCCAAACCAAACAUAAAUAUACCAAGGCGGAUUCAGCCUGGUAGUCCAUCCCCUUCAGACAGACCUGCCACUUCUCCUGCCACCAGACCUCCUUCUGCAGCCCAACCUGCUGCUUCAGCCAGUCUACCUUCACCCAGUUAUUUUCAUUCAACCAGUCCAUCUCCUUCAGCCCAACCUGCUGCUUCAGCCAGUCUUUUACCUUCACCCAGUUAUUUUCAUUCAACCAGUCCAUCUCCUUCAGCCCAACCUGCUGCUUCAGCCAGUCUUUUACCUUCACCCAGUUAUUUUCAUUCAACCAGUCCAUCUCCUUCAGCCCAAACUGCUGCUUCAGCCAGUCUUUUACCUUCACCCAGUUAUUUUCAUUCAACCAGUCCAUCUCCUUCAGCCCAACCUGCUGCUUCAGGAAGCCUUUUACCUUCAAGUUCGUCUCCAUCAGCCAGUCCUUCUCCUGCAGCUAGUCCUGCUCUUACAUCAUUGUUGUAUCUCCUGGAAGGCCUGAACAGGUGGAAUCAAGACCGGACAGCAGCAUCAAUUUCCACAAAAUCCUCCCCUCUUCUAACAUACUCAGGGCAGGUGGUGCAAAGCAUCAACACCAACAGCCUAAAAGUUUUUGGAGAGAAGCUUGUGCCCACCUUUCAACCUCCUGCACAGUAUACUGGGGAGCUAAUUGGAGUGGACUAUUUACUUAGUCAGACAGGGCAGCCACUUCAGUCAAUGGAUGCUGACAAUGAGCAGACAGACCAGCUGCUGGAGGAAGUCAAUGUAGAUGAGAAGGAUGAGGGAUUUGAGGAGGACAUCAAUGAGGACCCUACACUGAGUUUCCUUCUUGAAGAUGAAGUUAACCCAUCUACAAUUCAUCCUGUUAAUCCUUCAUCCCAGCCUGCUUCGUCUCCUUCACAGUCUGCCUUCUCCCAACCUGCUACUGUUGCCUCAUCCCAGCUUGCUGCUCCCUCAUACCAGUCUGCCUUCUCCCAGCCUUCUGCUCACUCAUCCCAGUCUGCUGCACCCUCAUCCAAAUCUUCUGCCUUCUCUGAACCUGCUACUGCUGCCUCAUCCCAGCUUACUGCACCCUCAUCCCAGUCUGCUGCUGCUUCUCCCUUAUCCCAGCCUUCUGCUCACUCAUCCCAGUCUGCUGCACCCUCAUCCCAAUCUUCUGCCUUCUCCCAGCCUGCUACUGCUGCCUCUUCUUCUCAGCCAACUACACCCACAGUCCAGUAUGCACCAGGUUCCCCCACUCAGGUUCCUGGGGAGCUUUUGGCUGUGGAUGACCAAAACAUUCCAGGAAUGGACCGGGUGGAUAGACUGGCUGAGUAUUUGGUAGAGCUGAGGACAAGCACGGGGUUAACCCUGAGCAGACAGCAGGUUGAUGACAUUGUAUGCCUGUGGCAGAGCUUGCUUGAUUAUGACAAGCAGCGAAUAAGGUUUUCUGCAAGACACCAGGACAGGCUGACAACCGGGAGGUUCAGGUCUCCAAAAAAGAAGGCUGUUUUCACCCCUGGAGUGGAUAGCCUGAAAAGAAGUGUGUUGGCAUCUACAGCUUCACCUGCCCAAUGGCCAGACUGCUGUCGUCUUGUGGAGGCCAUUUUCACCAGGCUCUGUCACAUCCAUCGAAGUCCAAGGAGGAAAGGGAAGGGUUCGCUGAGUCGCUGGUCUCUCAUUUUAGAAGAUUACCGCAAGAUCCGGCAGCUGAUCCUGUCUAAUGGUGCCAUCAUGCAGGACACUACUCUCCAGCUGGUGGAGGUAAAUCAGACCACUCUGGUUCAGUGGCACAAUGGCAGGGUUAAGAAGCAAGAUGAGAGACUUCUGCUUCAGGGGAUUGAUCUGCCUGACCCUCUUGGUGUUGCUGCUGAGGCUCUCCCACCUGCCAGUGUCCGUGCUGUUGCUCCACCACAGGUCCAGGGAGAUCAACAUGUCUACAACUUGCCACAAAGCACAGCUGGACAAGCUAGACUAAAAAGACGAAUCGCUAGCAAUACGACUGAGGUGGUUAUACCUAAGGUACCAACCCCAAGGCCAAUAAUUCCUCGGCCUGUUGGCAGCCUGCAACCAGUUCCUGUCCUUCCCAGCACCAGCCUGACUGUCCCCCUUGCCUCCCACAGUACCCCUACCUUCACACUGUUUGUUGUCCCUCAAAAUCCUCCUACCACUCCCAGUUUAGUCCUCCCACCUCCUGCCACAGUCAGUCAGUCUCAACUCCCUCUCCCUCGUCCCUACCACAGAAAGGUUGAGGCAAAUACUUGCAGGAAGUGUGGGCAGUUUAGGACAGCAGCGACUGGGCACAGCCAGUUUAGAGGGACUAUCUACUGCCCUGUUACAGAGACUCUUUCAAAAGAGCAGUGGCUUGAACAAGUAAAAAAAAAGAAAUAAUUUAAAUAGUUUGUUUUAUUUUUUCAUUUAUACACACACUCACUACUAUGUAUAUAGUUUUAUAAAAAAAAGAAAUAGUUUAUUUUCUCUUGUUUAUUUUU